AUGUCAACCCAAACUCCAGCGACCGAAACUCAAAUCUCCAGAACUGCAACAGAGAACCAUUCUGUUCAGAUAACCACCAUACGUCUUUAUGGUGAUAAUUUUUUGAGAUGGUCACAGUCAGUUUGUAUGUAUAUCAAGGGAAGAGGAAAAAUCGUCUAUAUCACUGGAGAUACUGAGAGGCCUGAUAUGAAGGACUCAACCUUUCCCAUUUGGGAUGCUGAAAACUCAAUGGUGAUGACUUGGUUGGUGAAUUCUAUGAUUGAAGAAAUCAGUGCCAACUACAUGUGCUACUCCACUGCCAAAGAUCUCCGGGAUAAUGUCUCACAGAUGUAUUCCGACUUGGGAAAUCAAUCUCAAGUUUAUGAAUUGACACUACGACUUGGAGAAAUUUCCCAAGGUGAGGAGUCUGUCACUAAGUACUUUAAUUCUAUUAAAAGAAUUUGGCAGGAUCUUGAUUUGAUCAACGAUUAUGAAUGGAAUCCCCUACCUGCGAUAGGUGAGGUGUUUGCUGAAGUACGGCGUGAAGAAAGCCGGAGACAUGUAAUGUUGGGAAAAAAGACUGCCAAUAUAACUGGAUCUACUGAUAGUUAUGCCUUGGCCAUUCCAGAAGUUCAUGUCAGCCACAAAAACUCCUACAACCAGCAUGGAGUUGAUGGAAAAUCUCACCUACAAUGUGAUUAUUGUGGCAAACCUAGACAUACUCGAGAAACAUGCUUCAUAUUAAAAAGAAGAUCAUCAAAUGGAAAAGGUUUUAGAGCAACUGACAGGUCAUCUGAACAAGGGAAUCACAUUUCUCAAACUGCAAAUGAAGCCGAGACUUGUCCAUUCAGUAAAGAGCAACUUGAUCACCUCUAA